AUGAUGCCCAUUGAGUUUGAGUAUAAAACUCUUAGGAUAGCUCUACAGUUGAAUAUGACUCUCUCAGAAGUACAAAAAGACUACAUCAUGCAAUUGAAUGCUCUAGAUGAGCUAAGAAAGAUGGUUGUCCAGCAUACAGAGAUUAUUCAACAUCAACGAGCUCAAUGGCAUGAUAAGUAUAUCAAGGAGAGAAAAUUUAAAUCUAGAGAUUGGGCAUUGAUACAUGAUUCCAGAUAUAAGGAUAUUGUGGGGAAGUUGCAGACACGAUGGUUGGGUCCAUAUGAAAUAGAUGAAGUUUUUCCAAAUGGAGCAGUUCGGUUGACAACAAUAGACCCAGUAAGGUUCAAACUUCUAGUCAAUGGUCAUCGACUAUGCCUUUAUCAUAAGCCUGUAACAAAAGAACAAUUCCUACAACAAUUUGCCAACCAAGUGCAGACCACGGUUCCUGCAACAUCUGAAGAAAACCCUCUUGCAACAGUUCCUGCAGCAUCUAAAGAGGAUAUUAUGGACGCAGUUCCUGCAGCUUCUGCAGGGGGCCUUCUUGGUCCUCAAUCUUAA